AAGGAGAGCGAAGCGCGUCAAAGCGAGCUGCGGAGGGGGAGAGCGCAAGUCGGAGUACAUUAAUUAGACGGCAGCCCGUUUGAACACCGGCUUCCGUACACAAUACAGCUUAAACACAACUUAAGUAGUGAAGAAGUGGGUCUAGCCGCGCGGCGGGGGAGCUGAAUUUCACGCGUUCGCGUCAACUUUGUGGAAAUAUGUGAAGUGUGACAAAUGCCACUGGAAAAUGGAGCAGUCGGCCACUCUGGACAUAGAGACUCUGAAGAUUACCCAGGAGCAGUUUAUUCUUGCAUCCCAGUCCCUGCACCUCCAAAGACCAGGAUGCGAUGCCGUGUACCCGGUGGGUUUAUACGGGUGGAGAAAAAGAUGCCUCUAUUUCUUCCUGCUACUGCUCCUGGUCACCAUGAUAGUUAACCUGGCCCUCACCGUCUGGAUCAUAAAGGUUAUGAAUUUCUCAGUGGAUGGAAUGGGAAACCUCAAGCUGAACCAGGACGGGAUUCGCAUGGAGGGAAUCAGCGAGUUUCUUUUGCCUCUGUAUGUUAAUGAGAUUCAGUCCAGAAGGGACAGCUUGUUGGUCUUGCGGUCAGACAAGAACGUAACACUGAAUGCCAGAAACGACCAAGGCCAGCUAACUGGUCAGCUCACAGUCGGUCCUGAGGCUGUGGAAGCCCAGUGUCAGAGGCUGGAGGUGCGAAGCAGAGACGGGGGCACACUUCUGUUCACUGCCGACGAAGAGGAGGUCAUCAUGGCAGCAGAAAAGUUCACAGUCACAGGCUCGGAAGGUGCCGUGUUCGGACAUUCAGUGGAGACUCCCCUGAUCCAGGCGAGGGCUUCUGAAGACCUGAAGCUCGAGUCUCCCACACGAACCCUGACCAUGGAGGCUCCCAGAGGGGUGGAAGUGAGUGCCGCUGAAGGGUCGCUGAAGGUCAGCGGUCGCAAGGACCUACAGCUAGAGUCCACUGAAGGAGAGAUACUUUUAGAUGCCAACGCCGUUCAGUUUGGAAGCCUCCCGCUCGGCACCUACACAGCAUCGCCCAGGCAGGCCCCGCAGGAGCAGACCGUGUACGAGGUGUGCGUUUGCCCCAGUGGAAAGAUCUACCUCUCUCCCGCAGAGAGCAGCUCCACCUGCCAGGCCAUGAGCAACAUCUGCCUCUGGAGCUGACCUGGGAGCAGCGGCGGUUGAGCGGAGACAGCUAGAACAUCUGCUCUGGAGCUGCAGAGAGCGGGAUGGGUCUCUCCGAUGGUACAAAUGACAGAGUGGGACAUUGAGAUGGAGCUGGUAAGAGAGACUGCAGUCAGGUCAGCACAGAAGCAUCCAGGUUGCUGGACUCUUCCACCAGUGGAAGUCGCAGCGGCUCUCUGAAAUCAGGAAUAUCCCACACAGAGAGGAGAGCCUCCAUCUCCUUAUUAGAUUCAGAGGACACGACUUUUAUUUUUCUACUCCAGGUUGAGUGCUGGCAGGCAGUGACUGUUUUUAUGAUAAGGAAGAAGAGGCGAGGCGGGGACGGAUGAAACACAGGUGCCUUCAGCUUUAAAUGGCUUCAUUCUAAAACUGUCUGUGCAGCUGGAGUCAGACAUUAGCUGUAAUGGUAGAAAGUGGAGUAAGCACAAUGAUGUUUUUUCCUCUAAAAAUCCCAUAGACUGAAUAUAAAAGAUGGACAUAAUCACUGCAAAGCCGCUAACAGGUGUGUGAAGCCUUGAGUGUAGCUUCUUGAUGGUCACCAUCUUUGUUAGAUCUAACAAACUGAGCGACACUGCACAAACAUAUAUAAAAAACUUGCUAACUACACGCAUUACCCAGUUUGUCCUUUAUGACCCCAAUGGUGACGUUUGUUAAAGUAGACCUGACAAUACUGAUUGAGCCCAAAACAUGACAGAAAAUGGUUUAUUGUGUUCAUGAAGAGAGAAGUGGGAUCAUUUUAUCAUACAGUCGAGCUUCUUUCGCAACAAGAUGAGUCGCCCCCUGCUGGUCAUUAGAAAAAAAUGCAGGUUUAUCCACAUUGCAAAGUUAUUUCCAUGUUUUAUAUGCAGUCUAUGAAAAAAUUUAGAUUGUUUUUGUUUUGAGUGAUCUCAAUAGGUCUGUGUUUGUUUUCUACUCUGUCAGAGGCUGUGUAUUAAACUUGUUUCUAU